AUGUUAUCCAUAUUUUUGCUUGCCACAAUCGGUAACACCUUAUUAUAUUUCAUUCUUUACAUACUACAAUCGGAUGAUUAUCGAGUCAGGAAGAAGUUCAUAGGCAAGGUACUAAAUGCUGUUAUCUAGAAAUUUGUGCAAUUGUCUGAGUGGUACAUUUGGAUAUUCCAUUAUCCGGCCUUGGUAGUCUUUUUUGAGAACAUAGUUUGUGGUCCUUCGAUGGAUUGUUCUAUGAAUGCCGAGAGGAAAGUCUUAAUAGCCAUGUCAGUAUUAGGAGUGUGUUUUGGACUUUUCAACAUAUUUUUCUUGAGUGUAUUUUUCCAUAAUGACAGCAGUCAGAAGAAGGAUUGUUUCAAUACAGAAAAUUCACUCUAUUUAGCAAUGUUUCAUCUCUUCAGAGCUUUCUAGGCCUUUCUGAUUUCGUUUAGUUCUAAUGAUUACUCCUAUCUAUGGGUCAUGAUGAUCUGUAUAUUUUUAGGGUAUUCUUUCUUUCUUUUAAAUUGCUUGUUUUACAGUGGAUACAUGGCUUUUGCCACUUCUAUUAUACGUAAUACCUUCUUAAUCUUACUGAUUAUAAUGGUCUCCUCGAGUUUUUCGAUGAUGAUUGAUGAGUUGUAUCGUUGGAACACAAUUGAACAAUCAUUUGAGAAUUUCAGUCUUUUUUUCACUUUGUCCUUCAUAUUUUUAGUUUGUUGCUUUAUUUACAAUUUGAGAAACUCCAAUUAUGAAGACAUCAAUUAUGAGAAAGCCAGUGAAACUGAUUUUUCGAGAUAGGUUUUUAUAGUUAUUUCAUUGCUUGAAGUCACUAAUUAAGAUAUCAACGUAGAUUUGUUUUUUAAAGGCAUCUUAUAGAGACAUAUGGAAUAGGAGUGUCGACAUACCAUAAUAUAGGGAGAAGGCAGGUGUUUUUGUAAGAAGAAGAAAACUUUUGAUUCCAAGAAGAAGAAGGAAGUAAUGUUGGACGAUUGGCUUAUUCAUAAGAAUAUUUUCGUAAAGUUUCUGAUAAAAUCCUGGAUUGAGACUAAACUGAUGGAUAAUCCUAAUUCAAUUGAAUUGUAAUUGCUUUAUGCUCGGUAUAUGUUCUUUAAAUUUCAAAAUCAUUAAAUUUCAUUGCAUAUUUUGAAUGGCUUAGAAAAACGGUUUCUUUUUGUUAUCAAUAGAUAUAAGGCUUACCAAUUGAAAAUGAAAAUUAAACGAUACAUAAAACAUAGGAAUCAAGAAAGUUAUAGGGAGAAAUUGGAAAUCUAGAAUGCAUUAUAUGUUGAAGAUCUAAUUGAAACAAUAAAGAAGAACAUCAAUCAGAUUAUGAUACAAAAUUGUGCAUUUUGGAAGUGUUUAUAGAAGGAAGUGAUCGACCUGUAGGAAUUGGAUGAGUUACUCAAGAAUUAAUUUGAGAAGAUUGAAUAAACAAAUAAUUUAUGGGUGUAGAUUCAGAAUUAUUUGGAUUUCAAAAAAAAAUGGAAAUUUUAUUAUGCUUGGUUUACUCUCUAUAUAUAAAAUAAGAAAUUAAAAAAUAAAAUAUUAGAUAACUUCUAAGGAUUGUCAGUUAAUGAGAAUGAUAUCUUCUCUGAGGAAGUCCAAGAAAAUAAUGUAGAAGAAGACAUAGCUAGUGUGAAAUCAGAUUAAGAACAAAAAUUGGAUAUGGAUAAAAUUGAUAUAAAAAGCAAGAAAAUUAUAUUUGAUAAAAAAGCAUGUAUUAUAUAAACUACUGAUGAUCCUGAUGCUGUAAUCAUUAAGGUGAAUAAAUAAUUUACAAAGAUCUUUGGGUAUACUCAUGAAGAGGUUGCUAACAAAUUUCAGAUCACUUAAUUGAUGCCUGACAUUUAUUCAAAGGUACAUCCCUCCUUAUUGAAUGAUUACAAAUUGACAGGCAAGGGACAUGCUUUGUAUUCUUAGAGGAAGGUCUAUUGCAUUCAUAAAAAAGGAUUUAUGUUCACUGCCUAAAAGUUUCUAAAACUCUAUGUGGAUUUGAAUGGAUAGUCACAAUUUGUAGUUAUGAUCAGACCGACUGAUUUAAAUAAUGAGAAGAAGCAUGAUGUAAUAAUAUUGAAUUAAGACUGGGAAAUCAAUGGGAUGACUCCAAAUGUGAUUUAAUCAUUAUAAAUAGAUUAGUCAUUGUUCUAGAAACAAAAAUUACAGACCUUAAUCAAUAUUUUGUUAUUUGCACCAAAAUUAAUAUAAUUUAGUAGAGCAUGUCAAUUGAUCAAUGAAGAGACUGACUUAGAAUUGUUCGGGAUGUAGAAAAUCAAAAAGAAAAAAGAAGAACCUUUGGGAAAAUCAGUUAAACGUGUUAACAACAUGCCAGGUUAAUUCAAAAUAUAAGUGAACAUGACCAAUUCUAGUUCUCAUAAUCUAAUACCUGGGAAAAGUGGAAAUAUCUCAUAUGGUGAAGUAGACCUCUCAUCAAAUUAUCUACAGAUGCAAUCUUUAGAUGUGCCAGAAGAUAACAAACAAUUUUAAUAAUAAAUCAGCAAUGCUAGCGAGAGGAAUGAUGCUUAGGACUUUAAGAAUUAAAUCGAUUAGUAUUCUGAAAUGUAGAAGGAUAUAAAUGAAUAGUAAAAUAAAAAGGUUGAUGAAGAAAUUAAGAAAAUGUAUGAAACAUAGUUUUAGAACAAUUACAAAAGAAUUUAAACUAAAUUUGAAAGUAAUAUUCAUGCUGGAGGAGAUUAGAGUGAUGACAACAUGAGCAAGGAUGAAAUAGUUAAAUAGAAAGGACAGUUUGUUUUGGAUGGUAAAGUAAACAAUGGAGAACCCAUCUCUUUUCAUAUGAAACUCUCUGAUAAGUUUCUGCCUGCAUGUAAGCACUACACUGAAUCUAAAUACAAACUCUAUUAGAUCAAGAAACAAUAAGAUGAUCAUGUUAAACAAGAGGAGAAGCAAGACAAGGAAAGGGAAAAAGAUAAGGGCAAAUUGAAAGUUAAUGAUAAGAAACUAUUUUUUAAAUAAGGCACUUAAUAAAGAGAAUUCAAGAAAAAAGCUAGAUUAAUGUUUUAGAAAGCAGCUGAAAGAAGAAAAAAUGAUGAAGACAAAGGGUAUUAUGAUUUGAUAAAAGAGAUAUACUAAGAUAUCUUGAAAGAUUAGUAAAAAGUUAAGUCAUUUAAAAUUAUUUGCACAAUCUCAUUCUAUAAAAUAAGGGAUGAACGAAUUGGAAUAAUGAAGGUAUCCAACAUUUCAGAAAUACUCAAAAACAAAAUUCGUCAAAAUGUUCGUAAACAAUCUUAUAUGAUGUUAAAUAAAGGACUCUCUAGAGAUAUGUCAAGACUUAAGAGUAUACAAAACAUUGAUGGUGCAAAAUACUUAACCAUGACUAGUGAUGGAGAAAGCAAAAUAGUUUCACCUCAUCAACCAUAGUCAUCUCCAACCAAUUCAAAUGUCAAAAUCAAAGUAGCCGCCGCUAAGUCAAAUGGAUUGGGAUAUUAACUAUAGAAAGAGGACAAUUUGGAGGACUCGGAAGAAAAGGAUGCUUUGGUUGACUUUAAAGGAUAACCGAAAAUGAUCAAUUGGGAAACCUUUCAGAAUCAGUUUAAGAUGUAAUAAGGCACUUAAAGUUUCUCUUUAAAUGUUCUUGAUAACAUAUUUAGGAAAGAGGAUAAUAAUAGACCUAGGAAAUUGCUUGUCAAAAUCUCUUAUCUGACUUGGUUUCUACGUUUCAUGUAUGUUACAAUCUUAGCAUUAAAUCUAAUCACUUACUUUCUUAAACCUUAUUCAGACUUUUUACCAAUUAAAACUUAAUCCGCUCGUAUUUUACAAUUAUCGCAAAUGCAAACCUAUAUAAUUGAAGCUUAUGAUACAGUUAUGGAUUUGCUUCUCUACAAAAAUGCUGAUUUUAAAAAUUUACUAGUUGAAGGAGUGGCUCUGGAUACUCAGGAUAAAUUCUUCACUUACCAAACCUUAUAAAUUGAUUAGAGUUAUGAUUACUUAAAACUACAAAUUAGGGAUUUGAAUUUACAAGAAACCUUUUUAGAUGAAACAAUAUUUCAUAGUAAUUCUAUUACUGAUCUGACUAUUGCUUAAAUUCAAAAUGUGCCUAUUGUUUUAGAUUACAAGGAUGUGUUUACAAAGAUAAUUCUAGUAGAACACCAAGUGUCCAUUCUGUCUUCGGAGGAAUUGAUUCAACUAAAUGAAUCAAAUUCCUUGGUGAAGUAUAUGCGGAAUAUUACUGUUCCCACUCUCUAUUUAGAAUUUAAUGAUGCUGUCUUGCUCUUGGAAGAUAUUCUUAUCAAUAAAUCAAGUUCAAUGUCUGAUUUUGUGAUCAUUAUUCUGAUCUUGGAAUCUUGCAUUUUUAUCAUUGGAUUCUUUGGAUUAUUACUUAUCAUCUUAUGGAUUUGUCAGACCUUCAAAGCAGUACUAAAAAUGUUUAUUAUGAUCAAGAAAAACGAUUUGAAUAAGAUUGUCAAACAAUAGUAAUUUGUUCAAACUUAAUUUCAAUACAUAUUAAAUAAGGAUGAUGAUAUAUCAGGCAUUAUCCAACAAAAUGAUAGAAAACUAUAAAUCAACACUAAAACUAAUUUCUAAUAAUAAUAAAAUUUCCUACUAAUUAAUGAAGUUGAAGACUAAAACCUUACUAAAAGAAAGGACAAGCAGAUUCUUGAAAAGUAAUUACUUAAAAAAUUAACAAUUAAAAUGUCUUUAAUCUAUAUCUUAUAUGUGUUGUUUUCAUCCUCGGCAUCCUUAGUAUUUUUCUUAACAUUAAGCGACUCCUCAUAAUAAAUUACCAAAUUGAUUUCGACUGGUGCAGACUCCAUUUAAGAUUUCAGUGAUAGUUAACUUUUAUUAGUUUCAGUCAAAGAGAAAUAUUUCAAUCCUGAUUAAUAUAAUUAAAAUUGCUUAGAAUAAAUUUAGAAAAUUUUAGAAGAUCAAAUUACUGAUAUCAAAAGCACUCCUUCUAUUGAGAAUCCAAAUUAUGGCACAUAUUACACAAGCUUCCAAUCUAUAUAUUUCGGAAAUUUAUGUUAGUAUCUCUAAGAAAAUUCUUAUUUGGAUACAGUGGCUGCUGACGAUUGUUAGACUAUUUUAAAUGGUAAACUAAAAUAAGGAGUCGUGGCAUUUAAUUAAUUAUAUUCAUCUGUCACUGAAGAUUAUGUUUUGAAUAAGGAGACUAGAUUUGGAUAGAUUAAUUUGGAAACCAUUUGGCAAUAUAAUGUAGCCAUAGAUUACAUCAAGUCUGCCUUCAAAGCUUUACUAACUUCUUGGUCUAAUGAUCUAGGGAAUCUAAUUGAUCAAUACUUUACUCUAAUACUUGUUUUGAUGAUUGUCAUGGUAGUAUUUUAACUACUGGUAUUUAUAACCAUAGCAGAAAUGUAUUUAGUUAAUUAAUUGAAUAAAUCAUUUCAGUUCUAUAGGAAAAUAUACAAAUCAUAUAUGCCAAACGACAUCAUACAAAAAGAGAAGAUUAUUAGAGCAUCACUUAUUAAAUAUAGUAUUAUUAAAAGAUGA